UCUAGCAGCUGCUGCUGGCUUCCUAACACCUGUUCCUAGGGGUGGGACUGGGAGCUUUCACCCACACUCUGCUUCCCAGCAACUAACCCGACUCCUGUGUUCUUUGAACUGGUAACCCACACUCAGAGUUUCAGCCCUCAUGGCCCUAGGCAUUAUUUGGGAGUAUUUAGGCUUCAUCACAGUUCAAACUUCUCUGUAAACUGAGGGGAGGACAACCUAUACUACUCCAGAAAUCCAUCUCCUUUCUCCUCUAAGACCCAUGGGUCCAGGCCUCAGCCCUUUCCCUCAGAGCCCCUGUCCUCCUCCCUGAUCCAUGGGUCCAGGCACCAGCCCUCCUCCCUCAGAACCAGGGGCCGGGCCCAGCUCCUCUCUCAGACCCGGGGGUCCAGGCCCAGCCUCCUCCCUCAGACCCAGGGUCCAGGCCCAGCCUCCUCCUUCAUACCCAGGGCUUCAGGCCCCAGUCCCUCUCCAUGGGUCAGGGAAGCUCGCUGAGCUCUAUGUUCCUCCAGGCCCAGAUGGGGGAACCCCGGGCUGGGGUCCCCCUGGAGGAUGGCAGCGGCUGGACUGGCAGUGAGGAAGGCAGUGAGGAGGGCACGGGCGGCAGCGAGGGGGCUGGGGGCGAUGGCGGCCCAGAUGCAGAGGGUGUCUGGAGUCCCGACAUUGAGCAGAGCUUCCAGGAGGCACUGGCCAUCUACCCACCCUGUGGCCGCCGGAAAAUCAUCCUGUCCGAUGAAGGCAAGAUGUAUGGUCGGAAUGAACUGAUUGCCCGCUACAUCAAGCUCAGAACUGGGAAGACUCGGACUCGGAAACAGGUCUCUAGUCACAUCCAGGUUUUGGCUCGAAGGAAAUCGAGAGAAAUCCAAUCCAAGCUAAAGGCCCUGAAUGUGGACCAGGUUUCCAAGGACAAGGCUUUCCAGACGAUGGCUACCAUGUCCUCUGCCCAGCUCAUCUCCGCACCUUCCCUGCAGGCCAAACUGGGUCCUGCUGGUCCUCAGGCCACUGAGCUGUUCCAGUUUUGGUCAGGGGGCUCUGGGCCCCCCUGGAAUGUGCCAGACGUGAAGCCGUUCUCACAGACACAGUUCUUGUCACUGACACCCCCAUCUGCUGACCUCCCAGGGUACGAGCCCCCCCAAGCCCUCUCUCCCCUGCCCCCACCUGCCCCAUCACCACCAGCCUGGCAGACUCGGGCCCUGGGCACUGCCCGGUUGCAGCUGGUGGAGUUCUCCGCCUUUGUGGAACCGCCAGAUGCAGUUGACUCUUACCAGAGGCACCUGUUCGUCCACAUCAGCCAGCACUGUCCCAGCCCUGGUGCGCCCCCCCUGGAGAGCGUGGACGUCCGGCAGAUCUACGACAAAUUCCCCGAGAAAAAGGGAGGUCUGCGGGAGCUGUAUGAUCGCGGGCCCCCCCAUGCUUUCUUCCUGGUCAAGUUCUGGGCUGACCUGAACUGGGGCCCGAGUGGUGAGGAGGCAGGCGCUGGCGGUGGCAGCGGUGGCAGCGGUGGCUUCUAUGGAGUGAGCAGCCAGUACGAGAGUCUGGAGCACAUGACCCUCACUUGCUCCUCCAAGGUCUGCUCCUUCGGCAAGCAGGUGGUGGAGAAGGUGGAGACGGAGCGGGCCCAGCUGGAGGAUGGGCGAUUCGUGUACCGCCUGCUGCGCUCGCCCAUGUGCGAGUACCUGGUGAAUUUCCUGCACAAGCUGCGGCAGCUGCCCGAGCGCUACAUGAUGAACAGCGUCCUGGAGAACUUCACCAUCCUGCAGGUGGUGACGAACAGAGACACCCAGGAACUGCUGCUGUGCACCGCCUAUGUCUUCGAGGUCUCCACCAGUGAGCGUGGGGCGCAGCAUCAUAUUUACCGCCUGGUCAGGGACUGAGGGGCCCCACUGGCCUGCCCCCGAAACACCCUCCUUACAGGAGGACGCCCCAGCUCUCCAUGCUUUCUCAUUCGGGGAGGGGCUGUGGUGGAAAAGGGCCGACCUCAGAGGCCUGCGUGACAGGGACUGUCCCCUAGUAGGAAGGGACGCGAGCAGCACAUCAGGGAUUGGGGACAGGAGUGAACCACACCCAGGACCCCACUCUUCUGGAUAUUUGGGGGGCCCUAAUUAUGCAUUGACUUGUCCCACUUCCUGCCCUGCAGUAUCUGCCUCUUCCCACUACCUGUCCUUGUGAUCUGUGAUGUCACAAAAUGAAAAUUAACCCUUUCUGUGCAGGAGCAGAGCCAGGUAGGCCCUGGAAAUAUUUUUUUUUAAUAUAACAAGAUAUUUAUACGUGGGUGUUAGGGUUGUGACUCUGUCCCAGCCGGGUGAGGCCCCUGAAUCCCACCCCCUUUCUUAUAUGUAAGCCCGGGACUGGACUGCUGCCUCCCUUUCCCUCCCAAAGCGUGUUGGUUUGUGUUCUGAC